AUGGCGAUGGAUGACCAGGAGGCCCUUGCCCAGAUCCAGCAAAUGGUGAAGUUCAUUUUGAACGAAGCCAAAGACAAAGCCCAGGAAAUAGAGGCGCGUGCAUUGGAGGAUUUCAACAUUGAGAAGCUAAAGCUUGUUCAACAGAUGAAGGACAAGAUUCGUCAGGAGUUCGACAAGAAAGCUAAAAAGCUUGAAGUACAGCGUUCCAUAGACAGAUCGACGGCAAUUAACAAGGCACGCCUCCGCCGAAUCGCUGCCCAAGAACAGGUGGUCACCGAAGUCUAUUCGCAGUCCCAGAAACAGCUGGCUGCGAUAUGUUCCGACACUGCCAAGUACAAAGAGCUUCUUGUGGAUCUGAUUGUCCAGGGGUUGUUGCGCCUGUUGGAAUCUGAAGUAAUUAUUAGGUGCCGUGAAAUGGACAGGGCACUCGUUGAAAGUAUUCUCCCCGCAGCUGCAGCAAAGUAUAGCAAAAUCCUCAGCGAUGAAGCAGGGCUGAAGAAGACAGUUAAACUUUCCAUUGACAAGUUGGGCCGGUAUCUCCCACCGCCUCCCUCUGGUGAUAGUUCGGUGCCUUCCUGCUGUGGCGGCGUAGUAUUGCUGACCGCAGAUGGAAGAAUUUCAUGCGACAACACCCUAGACGCACGUUUGAGAAUGGUUGUUACGGAGUGCUCACCGGCCAUUCGGAUGCACCUCUUCACAACUCCGAUAAAGCACUGA